GCGCUCACGGUUUAUUCUCGAAGGAUAUGUCGUGUUCGUCAGUCAUCGCAGGUAUACGUGUAGCAAGAUAAAACAAUUACAAGCUAACAAUUUCUAGCGAUGGGAGGAGAUAAUCGCACAAUAUUUCGAAAUAAUAAUUAUAGAUCCGAUACCGAAUAUGUGAUGAAGGUGGCUAAGACUCUAUUAACACCUGUCGGUAUCUGGCCACUUUAUAGAGGCACCUCUACAUCCGAUAAAAUGAAGAAUUUUUUGCAAACUGGAAUAAUAUUCGGCCUGAUGUGCUUUUUGCUUAUCCCGCAUGUUAUAUAUACCUUCUUUGAUGCAGAAGACCUGACUAAAUACAUGAAGGUCAUAGCUGCUCAGGUAUUUAGUCUGCUUGCUAUUAUCAAAUUCUGGACAAUGAUCAUCAAUAGAGAAGGGAUCAGAUACUGCUUACAACAGAUGGAGAUUCAAUACAGAGACGUAGAGUGCGAAGAAGAUCGAUUAGUGAUGACGAAAAGCGCUAAAAUUGGUAGACUCUUUACGGUGACAUAUUUGGGAUUAUCGUAUGGUGGUGCGUUGCCCUAUCACAUAAUCAUGCCACUGUUGGAGGAAAGAGUCGUCAAGGCAGACAAUACGACACAGAUACCUUUACCAUAUCUUAGCGACUACAUCUUUUUCGUGGUGGACAAUUCACCAUUUUACGAGAUUCUUUUCGUUUCGCAAAUUCUAAUCAGCAGUAUCAUUCUCUCCACGAACUGCGGUGUUUACAGUUUAAUCGCCACCUGCGUGAUGCAUUGUUGUUGUUUAUUCGAAGUCGUUCGUAGACAGAUGGAAACAGUCCUCAGCAAUGGCACUGAUAAUCUACAUAAGCGGCUCGGACAAAUAAUUCAACAUCACAUGCAAGCCAUUAGAUUCGCAGAGAUGAUUGAAAAAUCAUUAAACAUUGUUUUCUUAUGCGAAAUGGUUGGAUGUACUAUUAUUAUAUGUUUUCUGGAAUUUGGAGUUCUUAAGGAAUGGGAAGAAGGAAAGAUUUUAAACAUGGGCACGUAUUUUGUUUUAAUGACAUCAAUAUUUGUGAAUGUUUAUAUUAUAUCAGCUAUCGGCGAUCGUCUUAAAGAAGAGAGUGAAAAGGUAGGAGAAUCAUCAUACUUUAUCGAAUGGUAUAAUUUGCCAACAAAAAUCAUAGCUGAUUUAAUUUUGGUAAUGGUCAGAUCUGGUCGUCCAUCAACUUUAACUGCCGCGAAAAUAUUUGAUCUCUCCCUUCAAGGAUUUUGCGAAGUUUGCAAAACAUCGGCGGCGUAUUUCAAUUUUAUACGAGCAAUGACCACAUAAAUUUAUAAA